AUGGACUUGACUUGGCUUUCGUGGGUUUUGGGACGUGAGAUUCACCUGCUUACCACAUGCAGGCGAAGCGGCCGAAAGUUCGCUACAUCGCCACGGGAAAAACUCGGUGUCAGCUGGAAUUGCAACGAGGAGGAAGUCCGGAAAGCUUUCCGCCAACGUGCGAAGGCCGUUCACCCCGACAUGCAGCCUUCCGGCAGCGACAGCGAGGUUGCCGCCAGGAAGUUUCGUGAGCUCCAGGACGCUUAUGCCGAAGUGCUGCAGGAAUUGCGAGGCAUUGCAAAGAGACCAGACCGCAGGCAGAGGCACGAUGGGCCAGAACCUGCGUACAAGAGCAAAGAUUGGGAUGCGGCGCGGCGUCAACCACCUCCAAGUAACCAGGGUUUGUCCGGCAUAUCGAUUGCCACAUUCCUCGCAUGCGCUGCAGCCGUCGUGUACGGCAUGUUCGGUCCGGCGGAAGAAGCGCUCGACCGCGAGGAAAAGCAGAACUUCGCUGCGAAGCGUGUGCGCCUUCGCCAGGAACAAGCUGAGCGUGAGCAACGCGAGCUGAAGCAGCAGCUGGAACGCCGUGCCGGUUCAGAAAGCUCGGUCAGCGACCCAGACCCAGACACGCUGUCGAAGUUGCGGCAGAGCACAAUUUGUACCGCCGCGGUGCCUUCGUUCUCGCACGACGCACCGACUUUUGUGGAUCCGGACGACUAUGGAGUGGUUCCAUCUGAUUCAUUCGUGGUCUCGCCAUCAGCAUCAGCUGCGAUAGUCAAGACGGACUCCGUCAUGUCGAUGGUGCCUCCUAGACAAGUCGAUCACGACUCCGAGUCGGACUCGCGAACAGAGGAAGUAAAGCACAGUCGCAAAAACCGCAAACGGGUGACCGAGAUGACGCAAGUUCCCAAGGGUGCACCACUUGGCAGAGAGGAGACCCUGCAGCAGUUGAGGCAGGUGCCCAUGUUUGCCAGCCUGGAUGAAAAGGACCUGGAACGAGUGGCCGAGAUUUCUCAAGUUCGUGCUUACGAGCAGGAGGAGGUGAUCGUGAAUUAUGGUGUUGAGAUCGAAGGUCUGCACAUCCUGCUGUCAGGCAGCGCUCAAAUCUCAGUGCCACAGCCAGCUGGAAUCCUGAGGCACGAGAACUGUUUGGUUGUGGCUUGCAUUCCACGCCAGUGA